CCUCCAGUGCCACACCAUCAGACUUCAGUCCUGUCUUAUAGCGAGCCUGGCCCGCGUCGCCUGCUUGCGUCCCCACAAUCUCUAGGCGAGCUAUCUCUCAAGGAUGAACACACAUCCAACUGUAACAAUAGAGCUGGUCCUUGACCGGCACACGACGCAGGAGGUCCUGCGCGCCGUCCUCCACUCCGUGCUCUUCCACCGCCUCUUCGGCACCGUCAAACCACAAACGUUCGAGGUGCUCGAUGUCACGAUGCCAGGCGUGGACGAUCCUGAGAUGAAACAGCUGGUGAACGACAAGGUCGAUGCGUUCUGGAAAAGCAUUGAGGGAGGCUUUAGCAAGCGUGGUCAGAUCAUCGUAACGUUCUCAGAAAAGCGUCCCAGGAAGACAUGGUUCAUGAUGGGAGAGGAAGAAAUUCCCUGGGAGCAGUGGAUCAUAAACGCAGAGAUCCGGCAGCCCACACCCGAGAGAGAUCAGCGCAAAUUCCAAGCGGACCUCGCCGCCACGCUCACCAAGAGCCUGAAGACGAUGCUCACGCACGCGUCUUCCGAACGUGGCCGGUCUGCGGUCCCCCUCAUCACGAACGCCAACGGUAUAUCGCCGUUCCCAAUCAAGAUUACCGUGAAGGUUGGUGGCGUGGAAGUGGGUUAACCUAAUGCCCCGCCAGAGUCGGUGACUGGUGCCUUUGAGAGUUUGCCCUGUGACGGACUGUGGACCUGUCUGGCUGCCUUCACAGACUGCUCGCCUUACGUGUAGCAGAACCUUAACAGCCAGAUGUGUACAUAGCCUCCCGUGAAGCUGCUAGAGACGCAGCCUCUACAUUUUCGGACUGCUUA